ACAGAAGGCGGAAGUGAUAUAAUAGGAGAAAGUUUCACAAACAGUCCCGGCAGACUUUUGGCAGAGAGAGAAAGGAGGAGCGCCAGACGGAGAAGUUUGAAUAUCAUCUCGAGAAUCUAGAAGAAGCAUCACCAUGGCAGGUUUGAGAAAGGCAAAGAAGUACAACUGGAAGGAUUCCAACAUGGCGCUGUUCGGCUCCAAAACCGAUAGAGAAGUCAAAAAGUCGUCUGCACAGACAGAGCCAGCGUGGGAGGGUGCUGGCCAGGUCGAAGGAUUGCAGAUCUGGAGGAUCGUGAAAUUCAAGGUGACCCACUGGCCUAAGGAACAGUAUGGACAUUUCUACGAUGGAGAUUCCUAUAUCAUUCUUAAGACAACUGACAACCCCGGAAAUAGUGAAUUAGCCCUCCAUGUUCAUUUCUGGAUUGGGAAGCACAGUAGCCAGGACGAGUAUGGGACGGCGGCCUAUAAGACUGUGGAGUUGGACACACUGCUGGAUGACAGGGCCGUACAGCACAGGGAGGUCCAGGGGCACGAAUCCGCUCUCUUCAAAUCCUACUUUGAAACCAUUGUUACUAUGGACGGUGGAGCUGACACUGGCUUCCGUCAUGUAACACCGGAGGAAUACAAACCAAGGCUGCUUCACUUCAGCGGUAGUCGUAGGACAGUGGAGGUUAACGAGGUACCGCUUUGCAGGAGUUCACUUAAUACUAAUGACGUCUUCAUCCUCGACCUUGGAAGAGAAAUAUAUCAGUGGAACGGAUCUGACUCCAGCAAGGACGAGCGUUUCAAGGCGAUGUCCUUCCUGUCACAACUGAAGGCCGAAAGGUCAGCCAAGUCGGAGACUUUGGAGGAGAGCAUGCUGCAUGGCGAGCACAAAUUUUAUGCCGCCCUGACAGAGACUGCUGAACCCGAUGAUGACAGCGACGAUGAGGGAGGCGAGGACAGUGACGAUAAAUCAUUCUUCAAGGUUUCAGAUACUUCCGGAAAAGUUUCUAUGACAAAACUGAAGACCGGAGACGUAUCAUGGAGCGACUUCAAAGCUGAGGAUGUGUUCUUGCUUCACCACGGAAGUCUGGGCGUGUUUGUAUGGGUGGGUAAAGGAGCUUCGGACGCCGAAAAGAAGAACGGCAUGCCAUAUGCUCACAACUAUUUGCAGAAGCAAAAGAAGUGCUACCUUCCGAUCACCGUCAUUCGCCAAGGACAAGAUUCGGCUGACUUGACACUCGCCAUGAGUGCUUAAGAGUUCUAAUGACAUUGAUCAACAAUAUGUUGUUAAUCAUGCAUCAAGACGCUUUUUUCGUCAGUUGUAAACAAAUAGUUUAGUUGCUUGGAUUCAUAUUGUGCUUCCGUUAAUGGUAGAUUGUGGCCCCUGACCCUAUACCACUAAUAGCCGAAGGAUAUUUUCCGACCGACUACAUGACGUCAGACAGGAUGGUCACAUGAUAACGGAUCUUUAUCUAAAAGUAGUUAUUCAUACCCGAACACCGUUUGGAGUUUUAGUAUGGAGUAACGGUGGUAUUGAAACCUAAAUGUAUUUAUUGCACUUUUAUUUAUUUUAACUUAUCUUUUUACUCAUUUCCCUGUGUUAGGAAACUCCAAAAACACAAUGUUGAAAUGAAGGAAGUUUAACAUCAUAACGUAAAUUUCCGGAUCUUCAGAAAUUGACCUGGUGUCAAUUUCUUCACCUUUUACUGGGUUCCUGUGUUACCAAUGUAUUUUCACAAGUUACAUGUCCUCCGCAUUUUUUAUUUAGUGUGCUGUCUCUAUAUUUUUUUCUGUUGACCAAUACCAGUGUUUGAUAGUGUAUUGCGGAAGUUGAAGUUUGAAGUUGCUAUUGUGAGAGUUUCACAUUCCAACGCAAAUCUUAAGUCAAAAGUUAAACAAAAUUAAAAAACCAUAAACACUGUGUAUCACUGUUUUAUUCUGCGGUAUACUUUUAUAAUAAUUGGUGAGUGGAGCGAAAAUUAGCAAAUUUUAAUACCUCGCUAAAAUGUUCGUUUGGAGAAUUUGAAUUAUAUCUCAUAAUAAGUCGUUUGAAAAUGUAUCGGGAAAAUAAUCAUUAACGAAUGUUGACCAAAUUAUCGUUACACACUGUAACGCAUCAAUAAAUUCUUUUGUUUCCCUAUUCUGUUUGGAAUGUCGAUGAUGUACAGGUGCUAUAAAGCUGAACGUUUUUGAAAUUGAUUUUGCAGUCUACGAUGAUGUUUUGGGACCCUAUUUCUUUUUUCGUUUUUAUUUAUGUUUUGUUGAAAUCACUUGUUAAUAUUACUAUAUUCGUAUCUUUAAUGUCAAUUUCAAAAUUAAAAUAUAUGAUAUUGUGAUUUA